UUCUGUCACAACUGUCAAAAAUUUACAAUCGUCUACAAAAAAGAAAAAAAAAUAUACUUUUCUUCACAAAAAUUUAUCAAGAAAAAUCUAUUGUACUUAUUAAAAUAAUGUUCCAAUAACUCUAUUUCACUCAUCAAACAAAACCGAACACCAAAACCACACAACUUUUCUCUUCCCAAAAAUGGGAAACGAUACUAGCAAACUUAAAGGUUUAGUUAUCGACAAAAAUGCCAUCGAAGCUAAUGAUUUCUGGACUCUAUACAAUGCCGAGGUGCCACAAGAUUCCGAUUCCUUGCGUAUGGUUUCCAUAUUCCAAGGAGAACCAGUUGUCAAUGGUCAAGUAUGGAUUAGUCAAGGCCCAAUGGAGCGAGCAGUAAAAAAUCUAAUGAUCUACCGUCAUCCGUAUAUUUUGAGAUACAUCACAUCCUGGGAACAAGGAUCACACAAACAUCUUGCUACAGAAUGUGUUCGACCACUCUCUAUUGCCCUACCAACGCUAACAGACAUACAAGUCUGUUUAGGCCUUCGAAACGUUCUGUGUAGUUUAAUAUUUCUUGUCGAACAGGCUCAAGCCCGUCAUUUAAACAUUGCUAUCUCAUCCAUAUAUAUCAACAGUGAAGGCUCUUGGCGCCUAGGUGGCUUCGAAUACGUGUGGAAGUCCAAAGAAGUCACCAAAACCCUUUUAGACCUGGCAAAUGCAUAUCGUUACAAAGGAGCCAUCGAUGAAAACGAAGCCAAAACCUCUGGAGACUGCAUUGAGCAGUAUGCCUUCGCUGUUCUUUGUGAAGAGAUCCUAAAACAGUGCUCCUCCCCCGAUACACCCUACGUCGCUGACUUUCGUGAAUAUUGUGCCACCCAUUUGCGUCAUCAGAAUGUUGCCAUGCGACCCAAACUGUCUGCAGUUCUCCUCCAUCCGUACUUCAAUCAUGAAUUUGUUCUAAUUCAUUCCUUUCUCAUUGAACUGCCUCUUAAAAAUCCUCAAGAGAAACAAGAUUUCUUUACAGGUUUGAUAGAUCGUCUAAGGUAUUUCGACGAGAAUGUAGUUGGCUCACAAAUCGGUAGUCUUCUGCUCUCACGAAUGGUUCUUCUCGACACCACCGCCCAAUUAUGUGUGACUCCGUACGUUCUGAAGACCAAAUCUGAACUUUCCGCUGCCUUAUUCACCAAUGCCACCUACAUAAAGUAUAUCAUUCCGAGAAUUAAAGAAAUUUUUUGCGUCCGCGAUGCUCAGAUCAGACUGAUACUGCUCGAGUACUUUGGAGAGUAUGUUAAACUUCUCAGCCGGGAAGAAUUGCAAGACCAAAUUCUGCCAAAUCUUUUGCUUGGCAUCAAGGAUACCAAUGAUAUCCUGGUUGCCAAGACUUUGCGCUGUCUGGCGGACUUGGUUCCUCUUCUGGGAUCGGAUGUGGUUAUAGGUGGAAAUCGGGCGAGGCUAUUCGCCGAUGGACGACCUCAAGCGCUGCCAGACAGUACGAGUCAUUGGGUUGAACCACGUUCAAUUACUCCUGUGAUGGGUGGCGGGGAGUUUAUGGUCUCAGGAAGUCCUCUUCCGGACAAUGUUGAUGUGAGUGGAAGCUACAAUUCGAUAGGCGAAGUAAAUGGGGUAGUAAUGCCUCAACGAUUAAGUCCGGAUGGUGGAGAGGAUGUUCACAAUGGAACCGAUGGUGAAAUAGAUGAAGAUGCCUGGAGUGAUUGGGAAAAUGAAGAUAGACAAGAAGUAGCCCCACCCAUUGCAAUCGAAAGCCUUAUCAUAGAGCCACAACCUCCUGUUACCUCACCACCGUCGGUGGUUCAAUCUCCUCGAAUAUCUCUAUCAGACUCUUUUAAGACCUCAUCCUCAAACUCUGUAGUUGCUACACCAAAGAUAAUCGACGACAUCAGCGAGUUGGAUAUUAAAGUGCAGAAGUUGCCUGGCAGUGGCAACGAGGAUAUUGACUUCUUCAAAGACAUGGAACCUGUCAUUCAGAAGAGCACAACUACAAUCAUUCCUGAAGCUCUGCUUAGCAGCACAAUAACUGAUGAAAAACUGCCAUCGUCUAAGAAAUCCAACACAGUCCUCGUCGUCGAAGAUGUCAAGGUCGACAGCAGCAGAUUUGAAUUUAAAGCACCUGAACUGGAGGAGACAACUGCUGAGGCUGGUUGGGGUGACGAUGAUAUCGACGACUGGGGACAAUAGUGUCCUCUAACUAUUGAGAAAAGGCGUAUGUUUUUUCUUUACUUUUUCUAUAAUAUUGUGAUUAAGUUGAUAUAGAUCUUGUUUUUUGUGUUUAGUUUAAGGAGAUUAACGUUUGGGUUAAACAAAACAAAACAAUGUAGCAUCAUGUAAUAUAAAUCUUAAAAAUAUAAAAAAAAAUAUAUCGUAAUUGUAAUUGAAUGGAAAUCCCGAAACAUAUAAAAUUAUAUUAUAAACGAUUUUACAAGCAGAAUAAAAAUUAAAAUAAAA